GUAAUCGGCAGUAAUCACUCUGGUCCAGCAGCAAGAGAUAAAUAAAAGAACCUUGGGGUGGGCUAAUUGGGAUCAUCAACAGCAAAUUUUAGGGCUUUCGUUAGGGUUCAUGGAGGUGGAGGAGUUGUUUGAUUGGGAGCUGCUUCAUGGCUCUGACACGGAACCAACUGAUUCUAUCACGUCAGAGAAGAAACUGGAGAGUUCAAGUGUAAUCGGCGUUGGUAAGAUCCUCUCUGAUCAUUUCUCUGUUGAUACGAUCCAUUACGGUGUUUUGGAACCUCCUGAUUCUUUCCGGGUCAAUUACGGGUCGGAUCCUCUGAAUCAGGAAGAGGAGAUUUGGGGUGAUAGUGAGGUCAGGGUAUGUGUUUUUGAAGCUCUUGAUGAGAAGCACCUCAAGAGUGAGGCUGCUGCUGAUGGAACUGGUGUUGAAGAGCCUAUUGAGGAUUCGAGCAAGUCUUGGUCUGAAUCUGAUUCAGGGGGUGAUGAAUUGGUUUCUCGGAUUGUGAAUGGUGAAGAUGAGAUUGUUUCUCAUAGUAGAGUUGUAUCUACUGUAGAAGUUGGGGAUGUGAGAUCUGGUGAUGAGUGUGAUAGUAGAGAGACAGUGUGGUGGAAGGUGCCAUUUUUGCUUCUCAAGUACUCUGCAUCUAGGGUUGAUCCAGUUUGGUCUGUUUCUUUGGCUGCAGCAGUGAUUGGUUUUGUUCUAUUGGGACGGCGGAGGUUGUAUGAUACGAAAAAGAACCCUCAAAGGUUCAACCUUAAAGUUACAAUUGAUGAUAAGAAGGCGUCGCAGGUGAUGAGUCAGGCAGCCCGACUCAAUCAAGUGUUCACAGAGGUAAGAAGGGUUCCUGUGAUCCGCCCUGCUCUGCCAUCUCCUGGUGCGUGGCCAGUUUUGAGCCUUAGAUGAGAAGGCGAUCAUACAACGUAUCAUCUUAUGUACCAACAGAACAGAAGCACAUGUUUUUGUGUCGUUCAUAUGCAUAGUAGUUUACAAUAUUAUCUAUCACUUUUGUAAGUCUUGGGUCUGUCAUGGGAGACGAGUGAUCAGUAUAGCAUUUGUGUCUCAAAGUGUUCGACUCGUAAAGUAAGAAACUGAUAACCAGAA